AAUGGGAAUUACAAAGCUCUCCGUCCCUCUCUCCCAGCUCCGCUGCUGCAACAUUUAUUGCAAAAGCAGGAAAUUGCUUAUUACUAAGCUAGCUGGCAAGAGGGCAGGAGCUGAUGUGUUAUUGGCGCAGCACUUGCUUAGCUGUUGCCUUUCUCUCUCUCCUUCUCUUCCUUUUUGUUCUUCCCCCUCUCCCUCUCUCUUCCCCCCUCUCCUCCUUUUCUUCCCCCCCCCUUUUUUCAUUUUGGCUUCUAUUCAAAUGUGGGUCAGGGGUGAGCAGCUCCCAACGUCACAAGCUUGCAAGAUGGCGCUGGGAGGAAGGCUGUGAGAUGAGGAACAGGCUGGUAUAGCCCGAGAGCCGAAGGGGAAGGGGGAGCAAAGCUGGGCUACCGAUGCAAUAACAAUACAAAAAGCGUCCCUGCUGGUUCUUCAUUCAGCAUCUGUGCAGCCACGUUCUAUUGAUGGCCUGUUGUGAUUUCAAUGGAACAUCAUGGGAAUGUACCUGGCACGUCAGGCAGCACUGGAUGGAGGUGCCCUUAGUCCUAUGCACCUGGCAUGGUGGUGAAGAGAAGGUGAAAGGAAGAGAAGGUGGAGAUGGAACUGCCAAAUCAUGCCAAACAACUGCUACUGCAGCUGAACCAGCAACGAGCCAAAGGUUUCCUCUGUGAUGUGAUUAUUGUGGUAGAAAAUGCCCUGUUUCGUGCCCACAAGAACAUCCUGGCAGCCAGCAGCAUGUAUUUCAAAUCCCUCGUCCUGCAUGACAACCUGAUUAACUUAGACACGGACAUGGUGAACCCCACCGUGUUCCGACAGAUCUUGGACUUUAUUUAUACUGGGAAGCUCUUAACGACUGACCAGCCUGGUGAACAGAACUUUAAUGCUCUCCUCACCGCAGCAAGCUACCUCCAACUGCACGACCUGGCAGCUCUCUGCAGGAAAAAACUGAAGCGGAAUGGGAGGUCUUUCGCUGGCAGGGCCGGAGGCCCCAGUGUCGGGAGACCCCCCAGGAGUCAGAGGCUUUCUACCACUUCAGUCAUCCAAACUCGUUAUUCAGGGUCAACUGAGGGCAUGAAGGGCUCGCACUCAAAGGAGCUGCCAAAGGGAAAGGUCUCUGACGAUGAGAUCUUCAUCAGCAGCUCUAACCAAGAGAACUCUCAUUCCUUAAGCAGGGGAGCCAGCAAGAACGGCGGCAGUGCAAAUGGAAGUAGCGGCGACCAGGAGCUCGGCCUUGACCUGUCCAAAAAAAGCCCGUCACUCCCCACAGCAGCCUCCCAGGACGACACACAGCACAGCGAAAGCCAGCACGGCUCUCCCCAAUCUGCCUCAGCCCCCGCAGCCAACAGUGCCUCAUCAUUCGACGAGUCUGCAGCCGGAGCCCCCCAGAGUGCAGCAGACAGCAGUGAGCCCAUGGAGAUGGACAUGAACGAGGAGAGCCACUCCCUGGCGGAGAGCGGCCAGCGCAAGAGCCUCCGGCACUCGGCACGCAAGAAGGAGUGGAUCAAGAAAGACAAUGCUUUUGACCGGAAAGAGGGGGGCAAAGGUGGUGAGGAAGGUGAGGGGCUGCCCAAUGGCAUCCUGGUGGGUCCCUUGUCCAAGUCGACUGAGCGGAACCUGAGCAAUGCCUAUGGCCCAGAGCAGGCGUUCCAGUGCAAAGAGGAGAUAGAAAACGGCAAGGAGAUGAGUGAUGACAGUGGACAGAGUGAGUGUGAGAGCGGGGGGCACACCAGCGCCAACUACGUCUACCGGCAGGAGGGGUUUGAGCCUGUGGCCUACGGUGACAACCUGUAUGUCUGCAUCCCCUGCGGCAAGGGCUUUCCCAGCUCCGAGCAGCUCAACGCCCACGUGGAGACGCACACUGAGGAAGACCUCUACAUCAAGGAGGAAGGCACGUACGGCGGCAAGGAGGAAGCUGAAGAUUUGUCCAACCCUAACCAGCCCUACGCUGCAGAAUCCCGGCCCUUUAAGUGUUCAGUAUGUGAGAAGAGCUACAAGGAUCCAGCCACUCUGCGGCAACAUGAGAAGACUCACUGGCUGACACGGCCCUUCCCUUGCAAUAUCUGCGGCAAGAUGUUCACGCAGCGGGGCACCAUGACACGGCACAUGCGCAGCCAUUUAGGGCUCAAGCCCUUUGCUUGCGAGGAAUGCGGGAUGCGCUUUACCCGGCAGUACCGACUGACAGAGCAUAUGCGUGUCCACUCAGGAGAAAAACCCUACGAAUGUCAACUGUGUGGUGGGAAAUUCACCCAGCAGCGCAAUCUGAUCAGCCACCUGCGAAUGCAUACCUCUCCCACAUAAGCCAAAGACUCCAGAAUGAGCUUCGAGCCCAUCCGCAGUGAUUUACCUUUCUGUAGACUUGCUGCUUAAGAGGGCAACUCCCCUCCUCUGUUCAGUCAUGGGCGGCCUAAACAAACAUAGCUUUAAGAUUUUUUUUUUUUUUUUUUUUUUUUUAAUAAAAGACAAAGAAACAUAGGUCCACAGCCAAGCUGAUGCCCUUCUCAAAUCAUUCCCCACCCCUCCCUUUCUGAAUCUCAAUGGUGUGGCAAGAAAUGCCAUUUAUUUUUGUGGGUUUUGACUUGGCCUCUCUUUUGAUCCCUCCACCCAGGUAGCAGGAGUGAGGUCUCCUGCCUGUUGGAUGGUAAGUGGGAAUGGGGAGAGAAAUUCCAUCUGAUCAACUAGAGCUGUACCAACUCUUUAUUUUCCCUCCUCUCUUCCUUGGCACUCCUGUAGUGCUUUAUAGACUUUGAUCAAGUGUUAUUUCCUGCACUAACGAAAAGUGCAAGUGGAACGUGUCAUCCACUGGCUACUCUGGGCUUUGCCUUUCCUUUUGCAUUCAUGUUACAUUACUAAUGUCCCUACAACCAGAUUCAAUAAGGGCAUUCCUUGCCACUCCUUAAAAAAAAUGAACCCGAUUUUCUAACAGCCCAAGUGGCUACAAAACCCCAAAGCAUUGCUUUUGCUGUACCCAGUGCAGAAGCUGUGGACUGACUGUAACAGGGUUGGUAGCCCAUUUAAAUUCUGUGGGAAGCUGUGAUGGUGAUGGGAGUUGUCAUCCUUCCCUGUGAGGUGGAGAUGGCUAAAGCAGUCUACCUAGGUGUGUGCCAAGUAGUAUUUCAGUUAAGGAAAUGGCAACACAUUUUUUUCUUUUGGGUUUAGUCUUUAAUCUUGGCAUACCUAACCACAUGCCUCACCCCUCCUCUCCACCUCUGCAGCCUUACCCAUGACUGAACAGGGGUGUGGAUGCCCUGGAAAUUUCUUUCAGUGAGCAGGGGGUAGUCUUUACUUUUCUAGUAGUUUUUGUAUGAAUAUUCUUUGCUUAGAGGUACUUGUUUUAUUAAAGGAAAAACCAUUGUAAUGUUUAUGUGAAUGUUUGAACUGGAAGGUCUGAGGUUAAUUCUUGGGGUGGGUGGGAUAGGGAAAGGGUUUGAUGUAGGCUGGACUUGCUACAAGUUCCUUAGGUACUUUUUUUUUUAUUUUUAUUUUAUUUUAUUUUUGUGCGUGUGUAUGUUUUUAGCUUUCCUCCCUCACUAAAGAGCGAGUCUGUGUGAACAGACCCGUUACCUUUGCUACCUCUUGAAUUCAUGAGAACAAUAAGAUGGUUAGUGAAAGAUUAGGCAGGUAUUUUUUUCUUUUAUUGUAAGUAAAUGUAUAAAGUAGAAGCUAAAUUAAAAUUAAGGGAUUUUUUACCACCCCGUCCUUCCAUCAAAAGUCAGCUAGAAAAAUAUUAAAGCAAAGCUCGGCCAAAGACAAAAAUGUAUUAAGCCAGAGACCCCAGUGGAUAGAUGCUUAGAAUGGUUCACUCAGCAAACUCUUGGCUUUUUGUAGUCACUUUUAGAUAAAAGGAAGGAACCUUCUUAGAGCUUUUGGGCCCUUUCCAGCUUUGUUUAUUGAACCUGGAUGCUAUGGAAAAAAGGUCCCCUCAUCCUCCAUUUUUCCAGCACAUCUGGGUCAGUGUGUAACACCUGGCAGGACAGAGGGUGAGGGGAGUAGCAGCCUAUAAUUUACUAGAAUCCAGAGUGCAAUAAGAUGGGGGAGGUGGGGGAAAAAAAACCAAAGUGUUUCAUAUCCUCCCUUUUAGAAAAUUGCUCACACACACACACCCCAAAAUGAAAAAACAACAAAAUGUUUUUGCAACAUUUGCCUAAGACAUCACAGCCAACAGCUGCUAUUGGUUUAGGAGAGAAGACAGAGAGUUUAGCCUGCCGAUUCUUGGCCCCUCGACUUUGUUGGCGUGACCUUGUGGAAAGCUAUGGCUUAUUUCAAGCCUCCUGUGACUGGUGGAGUGUGGUGGUAAAAAUUCACAGCCAGUAGAAUCAUCCCUUCUGAACUGAGUAAGGUUUACACACUUCGCCCCCCUUCCCUCCUGGCUCAAAACCAUUGUCCUCUCUAUCCAUAGGGUUCACUGAACCCUACAUGUCUUGUUUUCAAAACAAAAACUUUUUUUAAGUUUAGACCAAAAAAAGACAAGUGAGCAUGUUCUUUUAAAACAAAGACAGAUAAGCUUCAUUUUCAUUAGGGUUUUUCUGUUAAGGUAGACUAGUCCAUGAGAAGUUUUUUGGGUCAUUUGAAUGAACUGAGGAAACUGGAAUCCAGGCUCCAUGCAAUAGACAAACCAAACCUUGCUGAGUCUUGGCCUGGUGUCAUGUUCCACAGAAACACUUGCCCCCACUCCUCUGCCCUCCCCACACCACCAUGGUAUUUCUAGUGCCAUUGUCUUGUUACUCCUAGACUCUGAAAGUGAGAGUCAUGGGGCAACUGUGGGGAGAAUGGAUUUCUUGAUCCAUAUGCUGAGAUACGCUGUUUUUUAGUGUCUUUAGCAUUUCCAUGUUUAAAAAAAAAUAAAAAUUCUUUCUCUGAGCCCUUGCCAAACCCUCCUGAGAAAGUCCCUUGAAACAUCUGAAUAGUGAAGGCCUCAUCUAUCCACCUUCUCCUCAGAGAAGCCUUUAGCUGGGCCAAGGAACACCAGUGCAAGAUUAGCGUCUAGGCUUUUUUUUAUCCCCCUUUCUACUUUUUCUUCUCCCUCUAAAAGCCCUAAAGCUGAAUUGAAUCCCGUAUUAGUUUAGAGUGCAGCUAGAGCAGAGUUCCCAUUGCUGCUGGCUGGCUAAGAAACCACCGAGUCCAGAGUUUCAAAAUGAUUUUUCAGCUCUUUUGUUCAGGAACACACAGCUGUCGAUGGGGCUUUGCUUCUUGCUUUGUGGGGCGUUUCUUUUUUCUUUCCCUUGAUUGUGGUGCUACAGUGAAUGUCUCCAUUCCAUGCUGCAAUUUCCUGAGAUGCAUCUGCCACAUGCUCCCACUCUCACUAACGUGUCAGUGACGGGACUGGCCAGGCUAUGAAUUGCUAGAGCAAAGCUGGUAAUGGGGAGGGGGCGAGGAGUGUGUGUGUGUGUGUGUGUGUGCGCACACACAGAAUCCAGCUUUAGGAAACUAGCUCAAGCUGUGACUGACUGAGCCAAGACAUGAAAUGCAGAGAGCACGAAGACAAGAGCUAGGCCCUAUUAUUGAGCAGAUACUCCACUCCCCCUUGUUUGAUUAGACUUACAGGUGUGUGUGGGUAUUCUUUGUUUUUUUCCUCGAUUUGUUUCUUAAGCCUUGAGAAUCAUUUUGAAGUUUCAGGACCCAAUGCUAUCUAUUUUUUAAAGGAACCUCCUUUUUUAUUUUAUUUUUCCCCCUCAGCACUUAAACAGUACGACAUAAAGUCUGUGUAGAGCAAGAGUAUUGUACAAAAGGAAAUUUUGUUUUUCUUUUUCAAGUAGCUGUGUAGAGGUGUGUUCCAUAGACUGAAUAUAAACAACAUUUUCCAAAUUGUGACAGUAAUAAUGAUGAAUAACUAAUAAUACUCAAAACUUCAGGGACUGUUUGAGGCCUGCUUGGGGGCCUAAACUCUCAACUGCAUUUGUACGACAUAGUAUUGUAUCAAACAUUUUUCUGUAUUUUAAUGAGAAAGCAAAACACUAGUUUCAUAUUUAAGAUUUUAAGAGUUUUAGGGUUGGGGGGAGGGAGUUACAUUUUUUUAAUUUUUUAUUUUAUUUUAUUUUAUUUUUAAAGAUACACAAAGAGCCUCAAGAGGAAUAAAACAAUUUAAAAACAAAAAUAGAGGCCAGGCAGCUUAAAUGCUUUAGUCACUUAGUUCCAGAAUGUUUUCGGAGUAACAGGAUAAAAUAGCAAAAGUUGUAUAGAAAAGCUCAUACCCAAAUUCACAAAACUAUUUUUUAAACCAAAGCACAUUUGAAUGAGUAUGGAACCUCACUUGGCUCAGAAAAAUACUAAUAUAUUUAUCUCAUUGUUUACAUAAACUUUUACAGUUUCAGACCUCAACAGAUCUAGGGGCCAGUCAAAAUUAAUCUUUGCUUUUUCCAUUGAUUUGUAUUUGAAGGCUAUAACAACAUUUCUUAAACUAGAAGCAUGCACCAAUAAAAAAAAAGUUCUCUAUGAACCACUGCAUUCCAACACUACUUAUGGUUUGGGAGAUGUAAUUAGGAAAAUAGGUUUAUUUUAUUUUUGUCCUCACAACCCAUAAGAGAUGUCUUAGGAGAAAAGAGACACUACAUUUGCAGGGUUGUGUUGAGUGGGGUAGCCUCAUCUGCUGUGUUUCAUUGCUAAAUUACAACAUGAAAAUUCCACAGUCUAUCAUUGACAACUAGGGUAGAGUAGGCCUUGGGUCUGUGCCAGUGGGAAAUGGGUGCAGAAAGAAGAGUGGUUAUUAGUCCUAAGGAGCCUGACUCUUCCUCUGAAGGUCUGGCUGUGUUACCAGCAGCGUGGGGAGGAAUAUGAGAGACUCUGGAAAGGAGAGCAAAUGGCUGAAGCCGCUGUACCCAGUCGGUUUCCCUAACAUUGGCCACAAGAGCUGGGCUAAUCUCACAUUCUAUCCCUUUAGGGGGAGCUGCCAAAAGAAACCCAAAAGCCCAGCCCUGUGCUGUAGGGUAGCUGACAGAAGCCACAAAGAUCACAGGAGACACCAAAGAGCUCCUGCCACGCAGCUUCUGUGAGUCUUUGUUGCUGUGGAAGAGAAGGGAAAGUGCAACUUUCAAUUGGCCCAUUGCACUGAAUAAAAACUAUUGCAGAGCCCACAGAACUCCCUGCUGGGCUGAAGAGGCCAACCUGGGUAGCUUUAAUGGUCUGGAUUGAGGGCAGUAGUGUAUUGUACAUAUAGUGCCCUUCCUACAUUCAGGAUAGUGCAGAAGCAUGAGCCAAACUAUUUGGACUGUUUUAUCCUUCUGUUAAUUAAGAUAGCUCUACUAAUUCACUCCAAACUUUAAUAUCUUGUGUAGAAGAGCCCAGUCAAAACCCAUGUGGAAAUAUGCUUGAUUUGCAUGUUAGAAUAGUCUAAAGAUUGCCAAUGAUGAUGGUUUGUUAAAAUACCGCUGAAGCCCAAAAAAAAAAAAAAAAUUAAACUCAAAAAGCUUCCCACCCAUAGUCUUGAUUCUUUCUUUUUAGUUUAUAAAAUUUGACACCAAAGCCACUUCAAACACCUGAGGGAGGCUGAUGGAAAAUGAAACAUUAAUUUUGCCUGGUCUUAAUAUCUAACAAAGAUGGUGCAAACACUAUUUGACAGUGUUGUUUUUUGUAUCAAUAUGUAUGUGCAGUAAUGAAUGUAUUUAUUUCUCAGAUUCUGUAUGCACAGUUUUGCAAUGAAAUUCAGAACAGUUGCAAACACAAAGAUGUGUCCGCAGGGUCUUCUCUACAGGAUUUCAAAAAGAAAAAAAGAAAAAAAGAAAAAAAAAGAAAAUAUAUUAAAAAAAAAUCUCAGAGACUCAGCAUAGCCAUAAACCAUAACCUGUGAAGACAAUACAAAGACUGGACUUUUGUAGCUUUGCAUAGAAGAGGAAUUUAUGUUUUGCUGUAUUUAAAUGUUUCCAGUUAUGUCACUCUUAAGAUUCCUGCCUUUAUUUUUUUUUUCCUCUCUCUCGUGCGUGGAAAGCAUUGUUUUCGAGCAGUGCAGGUUCAAAGUCUGGGUUAACAGUAUUUUACCGUGUUGCUUCAGUUCUGAAAUGCAGGAGUGUGGGGCUUGACCAGGGACACACCCAGGGCAUGUUGUAAAGCAAAAUCUAUGGUUUCUGAAAUGACUGUUUGGAAAAACAUGGCGAGGGGGUAAACGUCAGGGAGGAAGGAUGGUCUGGCACUGCUGAUUAGAACUGGUGACUGAUUAUUGCAUUCCCUUGCCUCUCCAGCCUGCUCUUCUACCAUCUUCUUGAUACUUACAGUGAAAGCAGUAAAGAUCUCCAAGGUGGGGAGUUGGUGCCCAAGAUAACUGGAAGAAGUCUAAUCCCAGCUGCAGCCAAAGAGCAUUCUGGCAUUGUGAUGGGAUUUGCAAUUUAAAUUGAAGCACUGCAUUCACUGUUGUAGCUAUAUGGAGUUCAAGAUCUAUAUAAAAUAUAGCUGGCUAUGACACAUCAGUCGUAAGCUGAUGCUUGUUGAAGCUAGACAGUCCUAGCUGGGCUCUAAAACAAAGAAGCCCUUCCAAUCAGCAGGGCUGGGCUUAAGACAAAAGGAAUAUUUUGGAGGGAGGGUGGUGGACCUCAAGCCUGUAAGUAGGUCCACAGCAAAGACAGUGCAUGUAAACCACUUCCCCUUCACACACUCACUCUUGCAGUCUAUACCUAGCCAUAGUCUCUAGAAGCAAAACUUCAAAAUCCUAUUUAAUUAGUUAACAAGCUUGUUACAAAACACAUAGUUCUCCUGACUCUCUGGGAGCAGCACAGGCAGGCUGUGUCAGCUUUCCAGGACCCUUCCUUUCCAAGUGUUCCCUUAAUGCAGUUUCUCUUCCUGACCUGCAACUUCUCUCCCUGAUUUCUGGCAUUGCUGCUUUCCUUGUGAAAGGAGAUCGUGCCCAGAACUUCACUGAGAUCUCCCACUGGGCACUUCCAGCUUGCACAGAGCCCUGAGCUGGACCUCAUUGAGAAGAGCGACCCUGAUUCUUCUCUGUCCUAUGCAGACCUGCUGUGCUCACUCUUUUCCUUACUGUAAUUUACUGCUCUCAGAGAUGCUGGAAUAUGAACUUAAUGAGAGAGGGAAGUAUUUUUGAUAGAUUAAUUCCACCCCACUCCUGCCAUUUCCCUUGUCCCACUUUCCCCCACUUGGGUAUUUGCCACACAUUUUGUAGCCCAGUAUUAACCAGGUGGGCAUUGGUGGGGCUGAUGCUUAUAAUACUGAGCAUUCCCUACAGGAUGGAGUGGGGAAGGUUUAGAAUAGGGCACCACAUCCUGCUACAAUGUGCUGAUGGCAUUGGGGAAACUUUAUAGGUUUUGCUUUCAUCAAACUGUUGGAUGUUUUUAAACAUCGUUAUUCACAAAUAGCCAAUCAAAGCACCCAGAAUCACUGUUACUAUAACUUCCCAAACAACUUGGAUUGGCUUUUCCUGAGGGGGGAGAGGAGGAUCUCGUUCUGGGUGGAGUUUCUUUUUUCUUCUCAUUUUAAAUAAAACUGGAAAAGGGAGGUUGCAUUAGCUCCUUUUUAAGCCUUAACUAUGUCAGUCCAAGAGCCCUGGAUGUUUCCUGAGGAGGGACCGACACUCCUGCAAUGUUCUGUUCAUUUUCCUUCAAGAGCUUGAAUUCAGGUCAAAGCCACAUGCUGUUGUGGCUCCAACACAAGUGUCAUAUAAAAAUAUACAGAAACUAUAAUAUGAUCUCAGCAUUCAGAAAUUUACAGUCUUAAUGUACAGUGAUAAGAAACUGUUAUUUUAUGAUCUUUUCAUUAAAAGCUUGAUUGAAAAUUA